AUGGAUUUUGCUAACGAUCGAGAUUAUUUGCACAAUGAAGUAUCUGCAGCUUGCAACUUAUUACAAUUAGCAUUUGAUGAAGUUCAAAAGCAAGGCUAUAAAAAGCCAAGACGAAAACUUGAUAAUCUAAAAAGUUAUGCGGCAGAAGCAAAAUAUUUAAGCCAUUUAUACUAGGUGAAUAUUUAUGAAAUAUAAAUUUAAAAAAAGCAAAAUUAUUAGAAGUAAUUAUAAUUAUCAGCUUGGCUAAAGACUGGGCUGAAGCUGAAAAUAAGUUGAGAGAUUAUGAAGACAUGGUGGAUAGCCAAAGAAAAGGAAGUUAUACAAGCAAAAUCGAUGAUAUCGGUAAAUGUGACUCUAAUCAAAAAAGAAAUAGUGAAACAUCAUCUAAAAAUGCUUAUAAAUAUCCUAAUCAAGACCUCAGCCAAACAAAAAUUCACAUCAGUGAUUUCUAUAGCAGUUUAGAACAAUCUAGACAAGAAUCUUUGUCAGAUUCUCUCAGCGAAGUACUUUUAAGGAUUCUUUUUCCUCUGCUCACAAAAGUUCGCUCUAUGCAAGAAACCAAACAAUUUUACUCAAGGUUUACAAGAUACCUCCUUAAAAUUUUCGAUCAAGAAAACAAAGAAAUUAAAAAAAUUUUGCUAAUUGAUAAUAUCGCUCAAAAAAAGGCUUUUUAAGGAUAUAAAUUUCGCUUUAUGAGCAAUAAAAUAAUUGAGUUUCCUAUAAAAACAUUAGGAAAAUAUUUAAUUUAAAGGCUUUUUGCCUCAAAGGACAAAUUUUGACCCAAAAAAAGCCAAUACAAAAAUUUAGAGUUUCUGUAAGAGCAGUUAUGGCUGCUUUAAGAAUCAAAAAACUAAUUCCUAAUAAAGAAGAAAAGGUAAAACUUUGUGGGGUUUCUAUCAAUAUGCUGUCAACAAAAAUGGCCAUUCCUAUUCACAGUCCAGCCCCAGCUACUCCAAGAGUAGUAGCUGAUAUCAUGCAUUCUAUGGAAAAAGCCUAUGGAAAACCCAUGAAAGUCCGAUCUAAAUGAAAUGCCUUAAUGUAAAAAAUAAAUAGAGACCAGCAAGCCAAAGUAUGCCGACAAUUUAUGGCUGACAUCAAAUCAAUAAUCCAGCUCCUCCUCAAAGAAAACGUCAAGCAAAAGCACUCCUUAGACAAGCUCAAAGAAAGGUAUCUUUUAAUCAGCUUGCAAAAAUCAGACACAGACCGCGACGAGCUAGAGUCUGCGCUCCAGCGAACAAUUGUGUACACAAAGACGCUGGAGCAAGAAAUCAUUAAUUUAACCCAAGACCCUGAAUAUUUAAGACAGCUAGAAGACGACAGUGAAAUGCUGCUAGAAUUAGAGUCACACAAAAAAGCAUUAAAAGGGCUGACUUCACAAUACAACCAGCUUGAAAGAAAGCUAGAAGACAUAACAAAGGAGAAUAAAGCUUUAAAAAAGAAAAUUGGAGGCAAAAGAGUUGGCUCAAGCAAUUCUCAAGCUUCUUCUAAGCUUGGUAGGACGUCAAAUGAGUCAUCGGUAACGGAUCCCACACUUUUGGAUUCUCAUAGGAAAAUUGCGAUGAAGCUGAAAAACAAUGGGCUUUCUUUGCCAAUAAGCCCAUUUGAGUCAACUCUUAGUGCAGAAGAAAAUACUGAAGAGUGGGUAACAGCGAUACAUUAA